CACGGUUUGUAAUAAAUGACACAUUUCCACUAAAAGUUGUCCACUGUUCUUCAACAGUAUUUGAGGGUAUGCUUGCUCCCGUUUGGUGUGUGUGUGUGGCCUUAUCAAUAUGGGUUUGACUAUUUUAAAUCGCAAAACUAUUGCAACCACAACGCCGAAAGUGCGCACCCCAGGACAGGAAUGACAAUUGAAGUGAUUAGGGGGCGGUACUAACAACUGCACAUUUUACAUUGGAAGUGUAGUAGUUACAUUUAAUGGAACAAUGAAACAACACUUAACCUACAUAGGCAACAUGUUCCACCAGCACUCAAAUCAUAACAUGCAAGUUGUUGACAAUAAGCAUGGAAUUGAACCUGAGUGAAAAUGACACGCUUUGUUGCCACAACUCGACUGAGCACAGCAAAACAAAAACUUUUAUGGGGCACUGUCCGUAACUAAUGUGCUGGUGAAACACUGUGGCCUCAGACAUUCCAAUGUAGUGACCGUGCAUUGAAUCUGCUUAUCGUAACUACCCAGCGGCUAUUGUCCUCCUCAGCCGCAGCAAUUGGGCUACUACCAACAACAGCAGCACAUCCUAGUCAUUGCUUCUGGGGUGGCGUUUUGGGUUCAGCUCCACAUCUCAGUCAGCAACUUUCACAGUUUCGUGAGGGAUGUACUUUGAAUAGAAUCGCCUUCGAGGAUAACGGAUUUUUUACAUUGAGUUACCACUGCAUUUGUCUACAUUUUUGCAGUGCGCUCAACCCUGAAUACCACAGGAGAGGGAGAAGUCUGGCUCUGAAGAUGUUUGAUCUACAAUAUUUUCAUCACACCCUUCUCAACAGAAACCUUUUGUGUGCCAAGACCUGAUAACUGUAGAGAUCCAGAAAGCAGGAAUAGCAGUUGGAGUGGGGAGGAGCGAGCCAAGGUGUCAGUGACUACAUUGCUGUCACACUUAGCCACACCACACUCACUAAACUCCGGAGAUGGGGUAUGUAAGCGCUUAACUCCGGACAGUUCUGUCAGGAAAUUCCUCGUUUUGCCAAGGUGGUCACCCUUCUCCGCGCUGGUUUGUACAGCUGGAAAAGCUUCUGUUUCCACAUCCGUCUGGAGCAGAAUGACUGGCUGUGUAUGUUCCUGAUCAAGGCUAUCCUCACCUCUUAAUGUUGUGAUCUGAAGCUUCUUGCCGGGGGGAGGGACAAAGAGACAUUGGGGACAUUCUAAGCGUCACUAUGGCAUCUGAGGACAUAGGAGAUGCUGUGGGUCGUGCGACAGUGGUGGCCUUGUCAGCCGGGUCCAGAAAUAACCAUGUCACUUCAGACUACGGCAUGCCUCUGAGUCAAAGCAACACACGUCCACAUUCUCACGAGCCAGAGGUUAGCCACCAGGGCAGCGAAGACUGCUGCUCACCGCUCCCUCUCUAUUGGAAGUUAUCUUAUGAUAGCGGGUCUUAUGAUGGUGGGGAGGGGACGUUUCUGGAUGCAGGAUGCAAAUGCUGGGAAUACUCCAACCCUCAACAUGCUAGUGCUGUAGCUGAGUUCGGCACCACAUCUCGGGGGGAGAGGGGGACACGUGCUUUGGUUUCCACCCAGCUGUGUCUGACAUGUGAUCCAGUGGAAAGUCUCUCAGCCUGCCAGGAGACUGACUCGGUCUGUUGGACCACUGGGACCGAGACAGAGCCUCGGGAAAACCAGUCCGAGAGGAGAACAGAGGGGUUUUCUUCUCCUGCUGUGACUCCCCAGGCUGGUGCUCUGCCAAAGGUGAGCUACUCCGAGGGCUCUCCCUGCCAGCUGGAGCCCAGCACGGCUAGCACACAACGCCCCUGUCCAUCCUCGGUGCCCUGCAGACGCAGCUUUAGGAGGAGCAGCCUGCCAGUGGCAUCUCAGUGCCACUUCUCCUGCUCUCCCAUAGGGGAGGGAAGAACGCCAGGAAUGCCAGCCAGGACUAUCGAUGCCCGCUGUUUGCACUUCCUGAAAGAUGGCUACUCCAGCCUAGAGAGGCUCAACAGGAGACCCAGAGCCAAGGUCUCCGUGGAGAGAUUCUUCAGGAGGGCCUCGCUGGAUACCAUGCUCUCCUCCUCCAAGCAGUCCACCAGCCCCCAGAAGAGCGACAGCGACGGCGGCCUGUCGGACAGCGAGUUCAUCCGCAACAGGAAAGAGCGCUCCACCGUGCUGGUGAGGAGGUACUACAAAAACAACCGCAAAGUUGAGAAGUCUGUGCGUGCGGGCACCAAGGCCAUCGUGAGGUUUAUGCUCUCGGGACACAUAGCAGAGCAGGCCUGGGAGGCUGUUUGCAAAAGGACCUGGCACCCCAGUGAGAGACCCAUCGUGUCAGUCAGAGGGCACGGCGCGGGGCCUCUGGCCGUCAGCCUGUGGGGUUACAGGGGCCUGCUCAGAUACACGGGGGCCAGACUCUCAGAGAUCCACCAUGCGCUGAGUGUUGAGGACAACCUGCUGCAGCCGUGCAGGAAGCUCCUAGCCUUUGCUGGAUGUGUGUGUCUCAGGGUGACAUGCCCGGCUCAGCCUAGGUACGUGUACCGUGCCAGCUCCCAGAGGACCUCAGUGUAUGCCCAUCUGACCGGGGCCCUGUUGGAGGCCACCGCCGCCCUCGGGGCCCGAAGCACUCUGCCCAGUGUAACCGUUGGCUCCACUGGACACGCCAUGCUCAAAGAGCGUCAGCUGUGCAGCAACAUGUCGGCGUCCAGCGCGGUCCCGUCCAACGUGACGGGUAUCAGCAAGGAGCUGGUCGAGCUGCGUCACCUGAUCCAGUUCCCCGAGGAGAUCGCCAGCAUCCUGACGGAGCAGGAGCAGCAGCUGUACCGACGCAUCUUACCCCUGGACUACCUCUGCUUCUUCACCAGGGACCUGGGCAGCCCCGACUGCAGCAGGCGCCUGCACCCCAGCCUCAAGGCCUCGCUGUCGGCCCCGGCCAUGCCCAUACAGACCCAGAGGAACACUGUGGAGGACCUGGUCACGCGGUUCAAUGAGGUGAGCUCGUGGGUGACCUGGUUGAUCCUGACUGCGAGUUCAAUGGAGGAGAAGAGAGCGGUGUUCUCCUACCUGGUCCACGUGGCCAAGUGCUGCUGGAACAUGGGCAACUACAACGCCGUGAUGGAGUUCCUGGCUGGACUACGGUCUCGUAAAGUACUGAAGAUGUGGCAGUUCAUGGAGCAGUCGGACAUUGAGACCAUGCGCAGGCUGAAAGAUGCCAUGGCGCAGCACGAGUCUUCGUCCGAGUACAAGAAAGUGUUGAACCGUGCCCUUAACAUCCCAGGGUGUAAGGUAGUGCCCUUCUGUGGCGUCUUCCUCAAAGAGCUGAGUGACGCGCUGGAUGGGGCCGCCAGCAUUAUCAGCCUGCGCCACUCAACUCACGACUCGCCGGAGGACUCACUAGAGUUUGUGGGGGACUACGGCGGGCAGCAGCACUUCCUGCAGAGGGCGGGGCCAGACGGGCUACACAGCCAGGAGAAGGAGGCCACGGUCAGCAACAUCCUGCAGAUCAUCCGCUCCUGCAACCGCAGUCUGGAGAUGGAGGAGGGAGAGGAGGGCCACCACGAAGUCUCCUCCACCUCCUGCAAAAAGACAUUCAUGGACAGGAACAGGAACCACUCUUUCAGGAGCAGGUCAGAUUCCAACCGUGUCUUGUUUGUGGUGGGAGACCUGUCAGACUCUGAGGGCGACCUGUCUGAGCAGGCUAAAGAGGUGGAAUUCCAGGGCACCGAGGAGACCCACCGGGCCUUCGGCCACGGCACGGAGCUCAUCCCCUGGUACGUGCUCUCCCUCCAGCCUGACGUCCACCAGUUCCUCCUGCAGGGAGCCACCGUCAUCCAUUACGACCAGGAGAGCCACCUCACCGCUCGCUGCCUCCUCCGCCUGCAGCCCGACAACUGCAUCCUGACCUGGGCUAAUCCCCAGAGCGGCAGCCCCCCCGCGGAGCCCCCAGGCCUGGGUCAACCUGUAGUGAACAGCCUGUCGGAGGGUCUGCUGGACCUCUCGGUGGUCAAGGCUGUGUUCCUGGGCCACUCCGGGGUGGACUUGCAUGCUGUGUGUCUGCAGAACAAGCUGUGUCACACCAUGAGGGCUGAGGAGAAUGGGGUCAGUCUGCUUUACGGGCUCCAUACUACAGACAACAGGCUGCUGCACUUUGUGGCCCCCAAGCACACAGCCCGCAUGCUGCAUGAGGGUCUGGUGGAGCUGGUCAACGCCAUGAGGAAGCUGAAGAAGUUCCCUGAUCAGAGACUGCACUGGCUCAGGAGGCAGUACGUCAGCCUCUAUCAGGAGGAGGGCAGGUACGAGGGUCCCACUCUUGCUCAGGCUAUAGAGCUGUUUGGGGGCCGGCGCUGGAACAUGGGCACAGGGGGCACAGAGAAGCCCAGCGCUCAGAAGCACAACUCCAUCUCUACCACCAAGAAGAAGAAGAAGGCUCUCACCAGGGGAGACAGCGGGGACGCUACCGAUGACGAGAUAUUCCAACGGAAAACCAAGAGCUGCAAGGACACCCUGUGCAGGAACAGGCCGGAGCUGUGUGACGGCAUGGACCAGGAAGGGCUAGAGGACGGCUUCCCUGGACCCUUCUCCCUGUCGAGCUGUAAGACCCCGGGUUCCUCUUCCUCCUCCUCUUCCUCCAGUAUGGGCAGCUCCAACCCCUCCCGUCCUCUCUCCUCCCCCGUCCUGUCAGGCAGCACCAAGGCCCAGCCAGGUGCGUGGAGCAGCAGGAGCUGGCACGGCCGGGGGAAAGGCUGUUUCAAGGGCUUCCAGAACCUCAUGAUCUCUGGCAGCACCAUGAGUUUCAUCGAGUUCGUCGAGCUCUUCAAGUCUUUCAGCAUUCGGAGCCGUAAAGACCUGAAGGAGCUGUUUGACACCUACGCCGUUCCCUGCAGUCGCUCCGGCACGGAGUCUGCCCCACUCUACACCAACCUGAGGAUCGACGACAAGGACACGGGACUGCAGCCUGACCUAGACUUGCUGACCCGUAACGGUUCGGAUCUGGGCCUCUUAAUCCGAACACGGCAGCAGAUGUCGGACAACCAGAAGCAGAUCUCGGACGCCAUUGCGGCAGCCAGCAUCGUGACCAAUGGGACAGGCGUGGAGAACGCCUCUUUAGGGGUGCUGGGGCUGGCCAUCCCACAGCUCAACGACUUCUUGGUCAACUGCCAGCGGGAACACCUGACCUACGACGAGAUCCUCAGCGUCAUCCAGAAAUUUGAGCCUUGCAUAAGCAUGCGUCAGAUGGGUUGGAUGUCCUUCGAAGGUUUUGCCAGGUUUUUAAUGGACAAGGACAACUUUGCGUCUAAGAACGAGGAGUCUCAGGUGAACACGGAGGAGCUCCAGUAUCCCAUGUCUUACUACUACGUAGAGUCCUCUCACAACACGUACCUCACUGGACACCAGCUCAAAGGAGAGUCCUCUGUAGAGCUCUACAGCCAGGUGCUGCUGCAGGGCUGCAGGAGUGUGGAGCUGGACUGUUGGGAUGGAGAUGACGGAUCACCCAUUAUCUACCAUGGGCACACCCUCACCACCAAGAUCCCCUUCAAGGAUGUGGUGGAGGCGGUCAAUCGCACUGCUUUCGUCAACUCAGACAUGCCGGUCAUCCUGUCCAUUGAGAACCACUGCUCUCUACCCCAGCAACGCAAAAUGGCUGAAAUCUUCAAGACUGUGUUCGGAGACAAGCUGGUGACCAAAUUCCUGUUUGAGAGCGAUUUCUCUGAUGACCCUCUGCUGCCCUCCCCGCUGCAACUGAAGGGAAAGAUCCUCCUCAAGAACAAGAAGCUGAAAGCACACCAGGCUCCCGUCGACAUUGUCAAACAGAAGGCUCACCAGCUGGCCCACAUCCAGGCCCAGGCCGGCAACGGGACACCGGCUGGCAGCUCACCUGGUAACCACAAUGAUGACGAUGAAGAGGAGGAAGACGAGUACGACGAUGACUAUGAAUCCCUGUCUGAUGCUGACGUUCUUACAGCGUCCACUGCCUCGUAUAGCCCUGAAGAUAACAUCCUAGAUGAUAAACCAGACGGGAAGUCCCCGGGUGACAAGGAUGAUCAUCCCAUCAUUGAUGAGAUGCCCAAGAGGAUGAAGAAAGCAGACAAUGCUGUAACCCAGAGCAAAGGGAAGGUAUUUGACAUGGAGCUGGGAGAAGAGUUCCAUCUCCCCCAGAACAAGAAGGAGAGUCGACAGAUCGCUCAGGAGCUCUCCGACCUCGUCAUCUACUGCCAGGCCGUCAAGUUCCCUGGCCUCUCCACCCUCUCUCCUUCGGCUUCUGGCAGAAGAAAAGACAGAAAGAGCAGGAAGUCCAUCUUUGGCACGGUUCCUGGUCGUAGCGGAGGCAGCCCCGGGGAGGCGGUGACGCUGGGCCGGACCCCAGGGAAGGGUGGUGUGGAGGCCAUGCGUCUGGGCUGGGAGGAGCAGACGUCGCCCGUACUCAGCCCCAGCGCGUCACUGAGCGCCAUCAUCCGCACUCCCAAGUGCUACCACAUCUCCUCGGUGAACGAGAACGCUGCCAAGCGCCUCUGCCGCCGCUUCUCCCGGAAGCUGAUCCAGCACACCACCUGCCAGCUGCUAAGGACCUACCCGGCCGCCACACGCAUCGACUCAGCCAACCCCAACCCUCUGCCCUUCUGGCUCCACGGCAUGCAAGUGGUGGCCCUCAAUUAUCAGACUGACGACCUGCCCAUGCAGUUGAACACAGCUCUGUUUGAAGCAAAUGGGCAUUGUGGUUACGUUCUGAAACCUCCAGUGUUGUGGGAUCGCUGCUGUCCCCUCUACCAGCAACUCUGCCCCCUGGAGAGAGAUGUAGAGAGCAUGAGCCCAACACUCUAUUCUCUGACGAUUGUGUCGGGGCAGAACGUGUGCCCUGCCAACAGCGCGGGCAGCCCCUGUGUGGAGGUGGACGUGCUGGGCAUGCCCGUGGACUGCUGCCACUUCCGCACCAAGCCCAUCCACCGCAACACGCUCAACCCCAUGUGGUCAGAGCACUUCCUGUUCCACGUGCACUUUGAGGACGCCUGCUUCCUGCGCAUCGCUGUGGUUGAGAAUAACAGCUCCCAGACCACCGCUCAAAGGACGCUGCCUCUACGGGCCUUCAAACCAGGUUACAGGCACAUCCAGCUGAGGACACAGCACAACGAGCCCCUGGAGGUGUCCAGUCUGUUCGUCUACAGCCGCAGAGUAGAGGAGAGCCCCACCGGCACAGCCCUGCCUGCUGCCAUGCUGUUCAGUUCUGAGGAGCGGAGGACAGCCCAGCAGCACCAGGUGACAGUCCAUGGUGUCCCAGGUCCAGAGCCUUUCACUGUAGUGUCUGUGAAGCAGCAGACCACCGUCAGACAGCUACUGGAUACGUUACCGACGUCCACAGAAGGUGCCGGUGAGUACUUCCUGUGUGAGGAGAAGGUGCCUCUGGUGAAGGACCGCAGUGACAGUAAGCGGUGUCCUCAGCAGCGCCCCCUAGCCUCCGAGGAGGAGAUCGUCAGGGUGGUCAACAGCUGGCAGCCUGAAGAGGGAUAUGUGGGCAGAAUCUACCUUAAAACCAAGGAAGAGAACCUGAACUAUAAGAACAGAGUGGUGGAGAGAGUGGAGGAGGGCGUGGAGAGGGUGGUAGCAGGGGAGGACGACACCUUCUUCGUCCAGGUGCACGACGUGUCCCCAGAACAACCUCACACAGUCAUCAGAGCCCAUCGAUACAGCACGGCGCAGGACAUCAUCCAGCAGACGCUGAGCAAAGCCAAGUACUCCCUGAGCAUUCUGAGUAACACUAACCCCAGUGACUAUGUGUUGGUGGAGGAGGUGUCGAAGGAGGCCAGCAGUAAGAAGUCUUCUCAAGCUAAGCCCUUCCAGAGGGUCCUCCUGGACCAGGAGUGUGUGUACCAGGUCCAGGGCCGCUGGAGGGGAGCAGGGAAGUUCAUCCUCAAGCUCAAAGAACAGAUGGCCCGUGAGGACAAGAGGAAGGGCAUCUCGUUUGCCAGCGAGCUGAAGAAGCUGACGUGGCGCAGCCGGAGCAUCCCGGCUCCAGCCGCCCAGGAGAGCAGUCACAGGUCUCUCUCUGCAGGACUCGAGGCCUGGGUGAGGGAGGGCCGGGCUGAGGCAGAGAGGCUCCUCCUGGGGGGCGGGGCCCACACCGGCUAUGUGACCCCUUCUACUUGGUCCCUCCCUCUGCUGAGGAACUGGAAGAUCCACAAAUGAAGCUAGGUCCCCUCCACCACCCUAGAGAGCACCUGUGUUCCUGAACACACCAUGAUGAGUCGAGUUACUCCCUCCCAUGAGUGAAGAGCUUCCCCCAGAAAGUCCCACCCAGACUGGCUGGUUGAUUUGGAAUGGCGGCUCCAGGUUGACGGUUCUGAGUGAAGGAAGACCUCGUCAUCUACAGGGUCGUUAGCCGUCCCCCCUCUACCUGGGUCAUAUUCAUUAGGGUACGCUAUAGCGGAGCAUUUUGCAACGGAAAAUUAAACAAAUGUUUCUUACUGGACAAGUUUAGGUAGUCCCUCUGUGUUUUAGUUUUCUUCCGUUUGGUGCCCAAUGAAUACACCCUUGAAGUGACGCCCAGGGAUGAGGUAGCAAUGUUGAGGAGACAGAUACUGGAUGUAGCAGCCAGCCUAACCCGGUUCAGCCUGGUUUCUUUGAGAAUGAAUACCCACAGCUGAGUCAUGCCCUUACUGUAUGUAGGCUGGUGUUGAAUGGCUGCAUUGAAUCCAGACAGUGUAUGUAGUUGUGGUGCGGGAGGCAGCUAUAACUGAGGCUCGCAGCCUUUCUCCUGCUAAGAAUGAGGGCAUUGUGAAUGUGGCCAACAAGCUGGCUUGUUGUAUGAUUCCCUUUGUGACCCAGUUUUCACAGUACUGUCAUUUCUAACACAUAGUUGUGUAUUUGGAGAUGUUCAGUGUUUUGCACGUAGUUGUUGUUAUGCUGUUACGCUCAGUACUUGCUCUCUCUACUUUGAGGGUGAAUCAUUGUUUGAUAUGAAGUUGUGAGGUCACCUUGAAUGGGUUUCCACCUCAAUGUGAUUUUGGCUUCAAAUUCAAACAUGUCAUCAGGUCAAAGUUGAGAACCACCAUCACCUCUCGAAUGUCAAACGCAAGAGAGGUUUUCGAAUCCCCAGAUAUAAUUAUUUUCGUUAAAACGUAAAAAUCUCAAGUGUAGUUUGAAUGUAAUGUUAUUGAUUUCUUUCUAUUGGAGCACACAUAACCAGCAUAACAAGGUCAGUACAGGGUUUUAGAGUUUUCUCAUAUUGUUCCCAAUUUAUUGAUUGGCAUAUUGAUUGCAGACCCUCAGCAUUAUCUAGUAACAUUUGUUUGAAUUGUUUGCUGAUGAAAUUGAUUAAAGUAGUAAACCGUAGUCUACUAAUGGCUCUUGUCAAUCUGGAUUGCUGAAGCGUUAGAUUGCGAGAUCGAAAUUGAAACGUCCUUUCGCUAACACGUGAACGUUGCCUUUGAAAUUUCAGUCACGCUGAUCUUCCGCGAUACGGAUUGACUCGAACCCUCAAGUGUUUUAACCGAUGUCCAUUUCAACCAGUUGUCAGAAACUUUGUUUAAUCGGGGCCCGUGUUGUUUCCCUCCUUGGUUUGGACUGUGGAUCACUGUGUGAGAGACAUGUAUAACAAAGUCAUUGUCUGUAGUUUUUCCAACUUAGUACAUGUUUUAAACUAUGAAGGUUUGGCAUUUUCUAAUUCAUUCUUUAUGUUGUACUUUGUGUGUGUAUCUUGUCUGAUCGUUGGUACUGCCCAGAUGUCCACUUCCUCAGGGCAUUACAGAUCUAGAUGCAUAUUUCAGCCUCUAAUCUGGGUCCAUACAAUCUCACAGCAGACAAAAUGAUGGGCUUUUUAUGCAGCCGCUGUAUGAGAUCUGUAGAUGCUACAGUACUUAAAUGUCAAAUAUCAUCAAAUUAGCAACCAAUCAACUACAACUUUCCAUCAUGACAAUAUUAUGGAAAAAGUAUCAACAGACUACAUUAUAACUAUCAUGUUUUACCAAGGUUUUUCUUUUGGUAUGUUUUGUCACCCCUUUUAUUUUGAAAAAAAAAUGUUUUAAUUUGACUUGGUUGACUAUGGCCUCUGGCUCUUCAUUCAGUUUUGAGUAAUCAAAUCCAAACAGUAAUUUUACCUUAUGAGGAUUGUAAUGCCGAUGACAUUUGGCUGACAAUGUAAUAGCAAACUACCAUCUCUUCCCUGUUUGCUUUUUGAAGGGGUCAAAUUUCUUUCUCUUCACCUUUUAGACCUGAGUUGUAAUAUAACAUGAAUAUUGUUGUCGAGAUGUUUUGUAUGUUAUAUUUAUUUGAUUGUGUAGCCCUGGUUGGUUCUUUCCUUUAUUAUUUUGUGUACAAAGCUCUUAUCGAGUUUUUCCUGCAAGUAGAAAAAAUAUUUGAAUUGUCUUAAUUUAUUUGAAGGUGUGGAGGAAAAAUGCUUUCACUGCUGUGACUAACUUUAUAUUUGUAAUUGAAAUAUGUACUUUUAACAUGGAGGCUUUAAUAUAUAGCUAGUAUUAGUUAUUCUGCUGCACACUGGCAUUGUAUGCUUUUCAUGUAAUGUUUAUUAGUGUCAAUGCUGAACAUUUAACGUUUGUCAAGUUGUGUCAAGCGCAUACCGUUAUGGUAAAUGUAAUUUCAGCGACUAAACAUUUCUACAUUUAUGUUUUUAGCUCUUGGAGUCUCACCCCCAUGAUGAAUGUCAUAGUAACGUGUUCACUUCAUGUGAUGUGACCGUCGGGGGACUACUGUCUUAAUUACUUGGGACUAUUAAUUGUUCUAUAUUAUGACCACAAUAAAAUCAUUAGUCAUA